UGCGCCGCCGGAGCAGGCAAUGCCCAGGACAGCCCAGACGGCCCGCUCCUACUCCUCUUCCCCCCUCCCCUCUUCGCCGUCGUCUAGGCGCCAGCCGCCGUGGGAGGCCCCCCUGCCGGGAGGCGGGGCUUCAGCGUGGGCUCCCAGCUUGACCCCUGGAGUGCAGCUUGGCUGCCGUCUCUAAACUUGGGCCGUCGUCGCCGCCGCCUCCCCCGGGGAGGGGGGGGAUGCCUCAGGGUCACUGCCCGCUGCCUGCAGGUGAUUUAUACUUUAAUGUACUACAGGUUCUGUACUACGGAUGGGAACUAUCAGGGUUUAUAAUGUCAAAAACUUCUCUUAGACGAAAGGUAGCUUCCACAAAGAUAACCAACUGGGUAGAGCCUUCAUUUGAUGAUUUUGUUGGGAACACAGACAUCUCUUCUGCUUUUACAACUGCAUCUCUGGGAGUAAAUAAUUUUCAUCAGAGAAGAAAAGAUUUGUCUUCCACAUUAGAAAGUAGCAAGUUUCUAGCUAGAAAAAAAGGAAAAUCAUCUUCCUCAAAACAGAGUAGUGUUGAAGCAAAUUUAAGUGAAAAUCUUUCUGAAAAUGAGCCAUGGGUAGAUAAAUACAAACCAGAAACUCAGAGUGAACUUGCUGUUCAUAAGAAGAAAGUUGAAGAACUUGAAACCUGGUUAAAAGCUCAUGUUUUUGAGAAGCAACCAAAAUUGGGUGGAUCUAUUCUAAUAAUUACAGGUCCUCCUGGAUGUGGAAAAACAGCAACUCUACAAAUACUAGUUAAGGAGCUGGGUAUUGAGGUGCAAGAAUGGAUUAACCCUGUUUUUCUAGAUUCCAGAAAACAUGAUAUGAAGGAUGGAUUUAAUCAUGAAUCAAGUUUCUAUAUGGUUCCCAGUCAGUCUCAGAUGACUAUUUUUCAAGAGUUUCUGUUGAGAGCAAAUAAAUAUAACAAACUACAGAUGCUUGGUGAUAGUCUGCACACUGAUAAGAAGAUUAUUUUGGUUGAGGAUAUGCCUAAUCAAUUUUUUAGAGAUCCGAGUACUUUACAUGAAAUACUAAGGAGAUUUGUGCAGCUAGGGCGAUGUUCUCUUGUAUUUAUAAUCUCUGAUAGUCUCAGUGGAGACAGUAGUCAGAGAUUACUGUUCCCCAAAGAAAUUCAAGAAGAGUGUUCUAUAUCAAACAUUAGUUUCAACCCUGUGGCACCAACAAUUAUGAUGAAAGUUCUUAGCAGAAUAGCAGCAUUAGAAGCUAAUAUGGGUGGAGGACAAAUUGUUGUCUCUGACAAGCCGUCUUUAGAGUUGCUUUGUAAAGGAUGUUCUGGUGAUAUAAGAAGUGCAAUAAAUAGUCUCCAGUUUUCUUCUUUUAAAGGUAAUUCAGGGGAGACCAGUUUUUGGUCAAGGAAAAAAGGGAUAUCUUCAUUAAAAUCAGAUACUUUGUUGUCAAGAGCAAAGCAGAAAAAAAGACCUGAUAGUUCUUUGGAAAAUCAAGAAAUCCAGGCAAUUGGUGGCAAAGAUGCCUCUCUCUUUCUCUUCAGAGCUUUGGGAAAGAUAUUAUAUUGUAAAAGAACAAUUCUAACGGAAUUAGAAUUUCCCCGAUUACCUUCUCAUUUGUCAGAAUAUGAGCGGGACACAUUACUUGUUGAACCUGAGGAGGUUGUAGAAAAGUCACACAUGCCUGGAGAGCUAUUUAAUUUAUACCUUCAUCAAAACUAUGUAGAUUUCUUCACUGAAAUAGAGGAUCUUGCAAGAGCCAGUGAAUACAUGAGUAUUGCUGACAUCUUCCGUGGUGACUGGAAUUCAAGGACUACACUCGGGGAGUACAGUGCAUCUGUAGCUACAAGAGGUGUGAUGCAUUCCAACAAAUCCAGAGGUUUUGCUUAUUGCCACGGAGGAGGAGCAAGUUUUCGACCCUUGCACAAACCUCAGUGGUUUCUGAUAAACAGAAAGUAUCGAGAAAAUUGCCUGGCAGCAAAGUCACUUUUUUCCAGUUUCUGCUUACCCCCUUUGUGCCUUCAAACACAGCUGUUGCCAUACCUGGCUUUGCUAACAAAUCCAAUGAGAAAUCAAGCUCAGAUUGCUUUUAUCCAGGAUGUUGGAAGGCUUCCCCUAAGGAGAUUUUUUGGAAGAUUGAAAAUGGAAGCUCUAAUGGAUAAGGAUUCUGGAAUGAUAGACUCUGCUAGUGAUGAUGAGGCUAAUUUUGAUGGAGCACCACUUACAAAGCCACUUGUGCACAUGGACAAAAUCAUAACUUCGGAGACUGAUACAGAAGCAUCGUUAUUUCUUCCUUCAAGUCAGACUAGUGGAACAGAUCUACCUGCCAGCCAGCCACAGCCUGCUACAGCUCAAGGAUUCAUGGAAGAAGAGGAGAUCACAAUAGAGGAAUAUGACAGUGAAGAAAUGUAGCCAAAUAAUCUACCUGAUGGUCACAUGCUCUUCGACAGAUUCAUUUUAAUUUUAUUCAGUGAGGAAUGAAGUUACUUGAAUAAAGUUAAUAUGCUUUCAGUGCUAUUGAAAUGAUUGUAUUGUUAAAAGCCCACUUGUAUGGCGUAUAGUCUAUACUUGCAUAGUGUAUAUAGUACGUACACUUGUAUUGCUAUACAAGUCCAUUUAUGGGACCAACUAUAUCUUUAAAAGGAAAAAAUAUAAAUUCAAUCAGGCUUUAAACAUUUAGCUUAAAUCUGAACCUUUUUUAGUUAAAGGAGUAUUGAUAAUCAAAAGACAAGUAUUUUUAUGGAAAAGUUAUGAAGUUUUUGAAACAAAGCAAUUGGUAAAUAGUAAGACCUUUUAAGUUAUUUUCAAAUUUUUCCACUAGUAUUUAUUUAGUUCUAUAGGUGGUGUACAGUGGAGAGGUCAACGUUUAUGAGCAAGUUCGUGUGAAGGUUAUGCUAAAUAUAAAAAAUGUGAAUUAAUAAUGCAUAACUUGGGAAUAUUGUACAUAUAAAUUGUAAAACUAAAGUAGUUCACCUGUAAACAAGAUGUAAAUAAACUUAGCCGUUACAAUUUUC